AACGCCCCCUCGGUGUCCCCAGGCUUCCUGAGCACGGGGGACCAGGCGGCCAAGGGCAACUACGGGCUGCUGGACCAGAUCCAGGCGCUGCGGUGGCUGCACGAGAACGUCGGCCACUUCGGCGGCGACCCGCAGCGCAUCACCAUCUUCGGCUCCGGCGCCGGCGCCGCCUGCGUCAGCCUGCUCAUCCUCUCCCACCACUCCGAAGGCCUGUUCCAGAAGGCCAUCGCGCAGAGCGGCACGGCCAUCGCCAGCUGGUCGGUCAACUACCAACCCCUCAAGUACACGCGGCUGCUGGCGGCCAAGGUGGGCUGCGAGCGCGCCGACACCGGCGCCGCCGUCGAGUGCCUGCGGCGCCAGCCCUUCCGCGCCCUGGUGGACCAGGACGUGCAGCCCGCCCGCUACCACGUGGCCUUCGGGCCGGUGGUGGACGGCGACGUGGUGCCGGACGACCCCGAGAUCCUGAUGCAGCAGGGCGAGUUCCUCAACUACGACAUCCUGAUCGGGGUCAACCAGGGCGAGGGCUUGAAGUUCGUGGAGGACUCGCUGGAGAGCGAGGACGGCAUCUCGGCCUCCUACUUCGACUUCACGGUGUCCAACUUCGUGGACAACCUCUACGGCUACCCCGAGGGCAAGGACAUCCUGAGGGAGACCAUCAAGUUCAUGUACACGGACUGGGCCGACCGCGACAACGGCGAGAUGCGGCGCAAGACGCUGCUGGCGCUCUUCACCGACCACCAGUGGGUGGCGCCGGCGGUGGCCACGGCCAAGCUGCACGCCGAGUACCAGUCGCCGGUGUAUUUCUACACCUUCUACCACCACUGCCAGACGGACGCGCGGCCGGAGUGGGCGGACGCGGCGCACGGCGACGAGAUCCCCUACGUCUUCGGGGUGCCCAUGGUGGGCGCCACGGAUCUGUUCCCCUGCAACUUCUCCAAGAACGACGUCAUGCUCAGCGCCGUGGUCAUGACCUACUGGACCAACUUCGCCAAGACGGGCGACCCCAACCAGCCAGUCCCCCAGGACACCAAGUUCAUCCACACCAAACCCAACCGCUUCGAGGAGGUCGUGUGGACGCGCUUCGACGGCAAGGACAAGCGCUACCUGCACAUCGGCCUCAAGCCGCGCGUGCGCGACCACUACCGCGCCAACAAGGUCGCCUUCUGGCUGGAGCUCGUCCCCCACCUGCACAACCUCCACCAGCUGCCCCACGCCUCCACCACCACCCGCCUGCCCCCUCCCCAGGGCCCCCCGCGCGGCCUCAAGCCGCGCGUGCGCGACCACUACCGCGCCAACAAG